UGCGCGGUUCGAGCGGGGUUUGGUUUGUGUUUACAGCAGCACUGUUGCUGGCUAAUGUUCAGCGCUGUUAUGUCAAGCCUAUCUGGAAUAAAAAGCUUCUGUAGAAACAGGUGAUUUCUGAGGAAGGGGUCAGCUUUAAGAUUGUAGGGAACGGUAGUGAGCAGCAGUUACAGCAGGAGCUGGAAGAUGUGCUGAUGGACCCUUCAGUCACUGAACUGGUGGUUGGACCGGAUCAUUUGGGACAGGGUGACCAUGGCUAUCCCACUACAGCUGUGCCAUCACGCUCCGGCUCUGUGCCUCCUAAACUCGAGAUAGUGCUGCCCAUUCAGGGAGCUCAGGAGAGUGAACUCAAUGAGAGAUCUUACAGGGAUGAGCCCUCUGACUUGAGUCCUGGUACCCCUGUCCCAGAUGAGGACAGCGUGGUGUUCAGUAAACUGACGUAUUUAGGUUGUGCGUCAGUGAACGCCCCACGCAGUGAGGUGGAGGCCCUGCGCAUGGUCAGCAUCCUCCGCAGCCAGUGCCAGAUGCCCCUGGAUGUCACGCUCUCUGUACCCGGAGUCUCAGAGGGCACCGUCAGACUGCUGGACCCUCAGAGCAGCACUGAGAUUGCCAAUUACCCCAUUUACAAGAUCCUCUUCUGUGUUCGUGGUCAUGACGGGACGCCUGAGAGCGACUGCUUCGCAUUCACUGAAAGCCAUUACAACACCGAGAUCUUCCGUAUCCACGUCUUCCGCUGUGAGAUCCAAGAGGCGGUCAGUCGAAUACUCUACAGCUUUGCCACAGCAUUCCGCAGAUCAGCCAAUAAAGCGCCACUCGCGACCAAGGCUCCGCCCCUCACACCAGACAGCGACGUCUUCACCUUUACCGUCAGCCUGGAGAUCAAAGAGGAUGACGGGAAGGGCACGUUCAGUGCCGUAUCAAAAGACAAGGACAGACAGAGCUUCAAACUGCGGGCCGGCAUGGACAAAAAAAUUGUGAUCUACGUCCAGCAAACGUCCAACAAAGAGCUGGCCAUCGAGAGGUGUUUUGGUCUGCUUUUGAGUCCGGGGAAGAACGUGAAGAACAGUGAUAUGCACCUGCUCGACCUGGAGUCAAUGGGCAAAAGCUCUGAUGGGAAAUCUUACAUCAUCACAGGGAGCUGGAAUCCCAACACUCCUCAGUUUCAAGCUGUGAAUGAGGAGACGCCCAAAGAUAAGUUCAUGUACAUGACAACGGCGGUUGACUUGGUGAUCACUGAGGUCGAGGAGCCUGUGAGGUUCCUGCUAGAGACACGGGUUCGAGUGUGUUCACCCAACGAGAGGCUGUUCUGGCCCUUCAGCAAACGCAGUUACACAGAGACCUUCUAUCUCAAACUCAGACAGAUGGAGAACAAGGAGAGGAAGAGUAACUCGGAUACGCUGUAUGAAGUGAUGAGUUUAGAGAGCGAGACAGAAAGAGAAAGAAGGAAGACCACAGCGAGCCCCGGCGUACUGUCUUCUGGGUCCCAUGGCUCCACGGUGCCAUCUCCACCUGAGGAUGAUGAGGAAGAAGAUAACGACGAGCCAUUAUUAAGUGGCUCUGGAGACGUCUCUAAAGAAUGUGCCGAAAAGAUUCUGGAAACUUGGGGAGAACUGCUGUCGAGAUGGCAUCUGAACUUGGCAGUGCGUCCCAAACAGCUCCCGGCGCUGGUGCGCAGCGGUGUUCCAGAAGCCUUGAGAGGGGAGGUGUGGCAGCUACUGGCCGGAUGUCAUAACAAUGACCAUCUGGUGGAGGAGUACCGGACUCUCAUCACUAAGGAAUCUCCACAGGACAGUGCCAUCACUCGGGACAUUAACCGUACGUUUCCUGCACACGACUACUUCAAAGACACAGGGGGUGAUGGGCAGGACUCUCUCUAUAAGAUCUGUAAGGCGUAUUCUGUUUAUGAUGAAGAAAUCGGUUACUGUCAAGGGCAGUCCUUUCUUGCUGCUGUGCUGCUAUUACACAUGCCAGAAGAGCAGGCGUUCAGCGUGCUGGUCAAGAUCAUGUUUGAAUACGGUCUCAGGGAGCUCUUUAAGCAGAACUUUGAAGACCUGCACUGCAAGUUCUUCCAGCUGGAGAGACUCAUGCAGGAAUGCAUUCCAGACCUGUACACACACUUCCUGAACUUGGGUUUGGAGGCGCACAUGUACGCCUCCCAGUGGUUCCUCACACUCUUCACAGCCAAAUUCCCUCUUUACAUGGUCUUUCACAUCAUAGAUCUUCUGCUGUGUGAGGGCAUCAGUGUCAUUUUUAAUGUGGCUCUUUCAUUAUUGAAGACAUCUAAAGAUGAUCUGCUGCAGACGGAUUUUGAGGGUGCACUGAAGUUUUUCCGAGUGCCUGUGCCCAAGCGCUAUCGCUCUGAGGAAAAUGCUAAGAAGCUCAUGGAGUUAGCAUGCAGUAUGAAGAUCAGCCAGAAGAAGCUGAAGAAGUACGAGAAGGAAUAUCACACCAUUCGCGAGCAGCAAGAACAGCAGGAGGCGCCGAUCGAGAGAUAUGAGAGAGAAAACCGGCGGCUACAGGAAGCCAACAUGCGACUGGAGCAGGAAAAUGACGAUUUGGCUCACGAGCUGGUCAGCAGUAAGAUCGCCCUGAGGAAAGAUCUGGACAACGCUGAGGAGAAAGCAGACGCGCUCAACAAAGAGCUUCUCAUCACUAAACAGAAACUGGUGGAGUCGGAAGAUGAGAAAAGACGACUGGAGGAAGAGUCUGCACAGCUGAAGGAGAUGUGUCGGAGAGAGCUGGAUAAAUCUGAGUCCGAGAUCAAGAAGAACGGCUCCAUCAUCGGCGAAUACAAACAGAUCUGCUCUCAGCUCAGCGAGCGACUGGAGAAACAGCAGACGGCCAACAGAGGAGAACUAGAGAAGAUUCGGAUGAAGGUGGAGGGCUGUGAGAAGUGCAGUAAUCUCUUCAGUAAGGAGGGCCGUCUGAAGGUGCUCAGUGCUCCAAAGGAGGGCAGCGAGGAGGACACAGACGAGGAGAAGGAAGCGCUGAAGAACCAGCUGAGAGAGAUGGAGCUGGAGCUCGCACAGACCAAACUACAGCUGGUGGAGGCAGAGUGCAAGAUUCAGGAUCUGGAGCAUCAUCUGGGUCUCGCUCUGAAUGAAGUCCAAGCGGCCAAAAAGACGUGGUUCAACAGGACAUUAAGCUCCAUCAAGACUGUGACAGGAGCUCAAGGCAAAGAGAGCGUGUAACCGAACCACACACUUCCAUAAACAAACAAAACAAAACACUCCAGCUCCCCAUCAUCCCCUUCGCUGGACCAGUGCGAACAACACUUUCUCUCUCCUUUUGUAUAAAACAAACUAAAGUUUAACUCUAGGGUACCAGCUACCCACCUUUGAAACACAAUACUUACUAAAGACAAGACUUUAAGGCUAGUCUUUCUACUACUGAUGCUAAACAAAGACGUGUAGCGACUGAGCGGGAGAUUAUAAUUUCUAUCUACUGUCCAACUCACGACUACUUGCACAAACACAGAGUCUGAGGAAACGGAAGGUACGAGUGAUGCCGGGAAACUAGCGGGACUUUCGUCAUUGUAUAAAAGAAAGCAAAUGUGUUGCAUGUGUCAGACUGAGAUCUGCUUUUAUUGUAUAGUGUGUGUGUGUGUGUGUGUUGGUUCUCAUUGGAAGACUAAAAACAGAAAUUUGACACUGUAUAUAAACUGUACAGUGAAGUUUUACAUAUUCCUCAAUGAACCACUAGAUGGCGCUCACCAAACGGUGUAUGAUGGGAUAGCAGUGUAAGCGAAAGGUCAUUUACAGUCGCCGUUCAUCCUGAAUUACAGAAAGCACUUAAGCAUUGAGCACAGGCUUUAAUGGGAAAGCACAUCUGGAGGUAAAUGAACCUGCGGCAAACACUGUGUAUGUAUGUAUGUAUGUGUGUGCGCGCGUGUAUGUAUGGGAAAGGUCUUUGCACCUUGCAGACAUAUUUAUAUUGAUAUCAGGCUUGCUGGAGUUAUUGUCAUUGUUAAAGAUAGCCCAUGUUCUCUGCAGGCCCUUCUAAUAGGCACUGGGAUGUACAUAAAAGCAUAUGUUUUCUGUUUUUUUGGAUUAAUUUUAUAUUUCGACUAUUUGGUAACUGUACUAAUGUUGCCUCCUUGUACUGUGCUACCAAUUAUUACUCAUGUUUUUUUUUUUUUUUUGCUUUGGACUUCGAUUUCAAACUGCUGUCUUAUCAUUACAUGCCAAAUGUACCUUUUACCCAGCAUUACAUGCGUGUGGACAUGGUAAUAGUGUAGGAUGCAUUGUGUAAACUUCCAUGAGUUUCAGUAUAAAGCUAUGAACACGUGUU